AUGGACAUCACUUCUAUUAAGAAGACUUUGGGCAGUCAGUAUAGGGUGGUUUUCUUUCUUGGACAGGGUUCAUAUGGCAGGGUGAGAUUGGCCUGGCACCGGAGAACGCAGGCCCUGGUUGCCAUCAAAACGGUAGAGAUCAGCAAGGACACCAUCAGGGGGAUCCUGUCUGAAAUGACCACAUUGGAGUCAUUGAACCAUCCGAAUAUAAUUUCUUUAUAUGAGGUCCUGAUCACAGGGACCGGAGUUCAUUUUAUAUUACAAUAUGCUCCAGGAGGCAACUUAGGAAAACUAAUAAGUGAGGAGGGCCCAUUGCCAGAAGAAAAGGCGAAGAAAAUGUUCGGACAGGUCGUAUCUGCCAUAAGAUAUUGCCAUAGCCUGGAUAUUGUCCAUCGCGACAUCAAGCCACAGAAUAUACUGAUAGAUGGAGAGGGCAAUAUUAAGCUGAUCGACUUUGGCCAGGCCAUCAAAUGCAAACCUGGUACAUUACUGAGUAGGCACUGUGGAACCAGGGACUUUAAUGCCCCAGAACUGGUAUUAAGGGAGCCAUAUGAUGGCAAGAGUUCUGAUGUGUGGAGUUUGGGGGUGGUGCUCUAUUUCUUUACCACUGGCUACUUACCCUUCAGAGGAAAGACCAUCAAUGAUGUUGAGGAAAGGAUUACAACGGGGACCUAUACCAUUCCUACUCACCUGUCUGGGCAACUCGAAAACCUGAUACAUCAAAUUCUGAGAGUUUCCCCAGACAUGAGGCCCUCUGUAGAGGAAAUUGAAAAUCACCCAUGGAUCAAGAAAUGUGAGUUUAAAAUCCUGCCCAAGACUGACCCAGAUUACAAAAUUAUAGAAAUGCUCUGUGCAAUGGGGUAUAAAGCCAAGGACAUCUUGGAAUCCCUCCAAAAGAAAAGAUACGAUGAACCAAUGGGGGCAUAUUUGAGCUUAAAAGAUCAUGUAAGCAAAGGGUUUGAUGUUGGAUAUAUCACUCCAGCCAAGCCUGGGGAUCCGUGCCCUCCGCCACCCCCAUCACCAGCACAUCCCUCUGUCUUUGGCCUUCCUCUCAGGAGAAGGGCCAGUGAGCCCAUCUUUGGCCUCCACCACAGACCUCCCUCAAGAGAACAGAAUCCUCUUGACCUGAUUCUAUCAGGACUCAAGAUGAGCAGGUGUGUCUCCAUGCCUCCCAUUGCGGUAUACUAUCCUAAGAAGGAGAGAAGCACUUCUACCCGUGCCCUCCACUCAACACCUGUGGCUUGCCCGUGCGUCAGCAACAACAUGUCGGAAGUUGAAAUAAUCCUGCCACCUAAGCAAGACAUUGAGAUGAAUACGUCAUCUCCCCCUCAGAGGAUGGGAUGGUUUAAGAGACUCCGCAAAGGAAUCAGGGACUGUUUUUCAAGACUUUGCUGCCUCCCGAGGGCUCCAAAGAAAAAAACCCAGCAUAGAUCCUCCAAGAGAGUGGCCCCCCUGAAAAAGGCAGCAAGCAGUACCAUAUAA